GCUGAUGAUGCAUGAUUCAGAGCGAAGCUAUCGAACAGUACAUGAUUUCUUAGGACUGACACAGCACGUCUGAACAGAACUGCUUCUAGGACAACUGACUCUGUGCUAAUGUUAUGAGUAUAAACCGAGGACUUGGAUGAAGGACAAUCUGACAAAACUGGGAAUGAAGGUUACACCCUGACGGUUCUGUGAGCAUUUGAUAAGCAGACAGCAACUUUCUGACACGUGGGUUUCAACACACACACACCCUCUCUCUCUGUGAACUCAAACGAGCUUCUUCCUGCUCUCAUUUACAUCAGAAAUCAGCCCCCAGCGAAGAUCUGAAGCACGAUGACAUCUCAGGUCUCAAAGACGGUCCUGCGACUGGAGGCUGAAGAUGUCCAGACACUGAAAGAUGGAAUUAAUUUUAAGAAACACCCAGAGGAUGGUAAAUGUUACAUCAUUUACAAAAGCAAAGACAAAAUUCGAGCAUGUAGGAACCAGUGCAAACACCAGGGAGGACUCUUCAUUAAAGACAUAGAGGACUUGGACGGCCGAACAGUGCGCUGCACCAAACACUACUGGAAACUUAACGUGGCCACUAUGGAGUACGUCAACCCUCCGGACAGCUUCAUGCAAGACGAACUUGAGGCAGUGCUGUCAGAUACUGACGGUAGUUUAGAGCUGCUGGAGUUGAAUCCUCCAGACCCCUGGACCGCAGAACCCCGAGAAUCACAAGAGCUACACGCCGGAGAGAUUACGUUGACCUAUUUCACACAUGCAUGUAUGGAGCUGAAAGCGGGGAACAAGCGGAUGAUGUUUGACCCGUGGCUCACAGGACCAGCAUUUGCGAGAGGAUGGUGGCUCCUUCACGAACCUCCGUCUGAAGCCAUGGACAGACUCAGUCAGGCCGAUCUCAUUUACAUCAGCCAUAUGCAUUCAGAUCACCUGAGCUACCCGACUUUGCAACGUCUUUCCAUGAAGCGUCCAGAUAUUCCCAUUUACGUUGGAGACACUUCACGGCCAGUGUUUUGGUAUCUUGAGAAAAGUGGAGUGAAUUUAACAAACGUCAACGUUGUGCCAUUCGGCGUGUGGCAGAAUGUUGACGAGCACCUGCGAUUUAUGAUUCUGAUGGACGGAGUUCAUCCGGAGAUGGACACCUGCUUGAUCGUGGAGUAUAAAGGUCACAUGAUCCUGAACACAGUGGACUGCACCAGACCAAACAAUGGACGUCUUCCUCACGGCGUUGAUUUGAUGAUGAGCGAUUUCGCCGGCGGUGCCUCCGGUUUCCCUAUGACCUUUCACGGCGGGAAAUACACCGAAAGCUGGAAGGCAGGUUUCAUCAAGAACGAGAGGAAGAAGCUGUUAAACUAUAAGACGCAGCUGGUGAGAUCACUGCAGCCCAAAAUCUACUGUCCGUUUGCGGGAUACUUCACCGAAGCACAUCCCUCUGACAGGUACAUAAAGGAGACAAACAUCAAGAACAGCGCAGCAGAUCUGAAUGAAUCGAUAAAGAAGAGCUGUCCGAACAUCUUAACCUGGACUCCUUUACCCGGAUCAGUCCUGGAUUUGGCCCUCGCGCUGCAGGACCCAUCCAACAGGAGUGCUAUCACUGAACCGCCCAAAGACACAAAGAUCUUUAAGGACAGUUGGGACUUUAACUUAUAUUUGGACGAACUGAAUGCUUCGAUUUCAGCUGAAAUCUUUAAAUACAAAAGCUGGAUCCAGUACUAUUAUAACUGGGCAGGAUUUAAAGACUACAAUCUGGUCAUUCGGGUCAUUGAGACGGAUGAUGAUUUUGAGCCUCUGAAGGGAGGUUACGAUUAUCUAGUGGACUUUCUGGAUCUUUCUUUCCCAGACGUGCGUCCGGAGAGAGAUCAUGCAUUUGAGGAGAUCAAGAAUCGAGUUAAUGUGAUGAGACACGUGGUUUUGAAUGGCCGGCUGUGGGACGACCUGUACAUCGGCUUCAGUAACAGAAUGAGUCGAGAUCCUGAUGUUUAUCACCACAAGUUCUGGAAUCAUUUUCAGACAGAACUUCCUCUAUCCGCACCAGACUGGGAUGCUUUCCUUCAGAAGGCCUGUGUAAGCAGUAACGGCUGUGUGCUUUCUUAACUCAGACACACACAUGCACAGCUAUUGUUCUGGGUCAAAACACUAAAUGAUUCUGAUGCUGCUUUAGCAUUUCUGCCUUAAUAACCUUAAGACAAGGAAAACCACUUUAAAUAACCCUACUGAGGUUACUAUUUAUGAAGUUUCUAGGGAAGACUAUAAUGAUUAUUUUCUAUAAUGAUGGUAAACAGUACGAUUUUUAGUGUGUGCAUUAUAUCCUAAUUUAAUGAAUGAAUAAUCUGGUCGAGUUAUAAAACACUGGAAUGAGAUUCAAUCAAUUUUAUGAUUAGAAAUGUACAUUAUGGGGUUUAAAUUUUUUGUGGUAUUGUGGAAAAUGUAAUUUUUAACAGCAUUUGUGUUCCACAAUAUAUUGUAUUUUUUUAAUAUUAAUUUGCACUGUGUUAAAUUGAAUAGGACAAGAAAAUACUGUAGAAAAAGUAAAUAAAAGACACUGCUCAAAUAA